CGAGUACCUGUAUUGCUUUUUUUUUUUGCACUUUGAAGUAACGUAAGACAAUCAAUAGGUCUGCGUUUUCCAGACUGAUCGGAUGGUUACUUUAAAAGGUAGAGCAGGUAGUGAGUGACAUGAAUACAAUAUUUAACAGAGAAACAUAAAGUGUACAGUAGUCAGUACAUAACUCAUUUUACUCCUGGAAGUCAUCAUGGAUAAUUCAGAUAUAUCCAGUUUUAUGUGCAGUUUGUUGGAAAAAUAUAAAGUCCUAAGAGGUAACAGUAAGGAUUGUACUGGAGAAGAAUUUUGGGAUGUAGCUGUCAUAACUACAGCUGAUCAAAGUCAGAAAAAAGCAUAUGAAAUUCAGAUAGAAGAGAAAAGGGCUAGAAAUGAAUUACCAUCAGAUUUACCUUUAAUUGUUGUAGCUGACCCUCCAGGUGUUAAAAUAGGAAAUGGUGGUUCUACAUUGGUAGCGUUGGAAUUGUUGCAUGAGAAAUAUGGUGAGAAACUAUUUGAGUUAAAAAUAAUGAUCAUACAUGCUGGAGGAUGGAGUCAACGUAUGCCCAAUGCCAGUAUCUUAGGCAAGAUUUUUACAGCUUUACCCCAUGGUGAACCUGUCUAUCAAAUGCUGGAUAUGAAACUAGCUAUGUAUUGGCCAUUUGUCAAACGCAUGAAAGCAGGUGUCUUCAUUGUAUGCGCUGAUGAUAUCUUGACAUAUAACUUAGGGUCUGAUUCUGAUUGGUCCGUAUCUGAAUAUGGAUUUACAGCCUUAGCUCAUCCGUCCACGAUGAAAAUCGGAAACACACAUGGUGUUUACGUUGUCGCUAAUCCAGACAAGAUAAAUAAAUCCAAACACAUUGUGGAGGCAGAAUGCUUAGAGAUUCUUCAAAAACCAUCUGACAAGAGAAUGGAAGACACCGGGGCUGUUGUCACUGAAGAAGGGGUUCAUGAAUUUGCUGAUGGCAUAACUGUUGAAGGACGAAUGGUGUACACUGAUAGCAGUUUUUUCUUUGGGGUAGAUGUCGUCAAAAAACUUCUCAGCUUGAAAAAAGAGCUGGGAGUCUUAACAUGUGAAAUUGAUGCCUAUGGGGAUUUUCUUCAAGCACUUGGGCCAAGAGCUAAUGAAAAGUACAUCACUAACACUGCAAAUAUCAGUGAAGUGACGCAAAACCUGACAGAAUGUCGUCUGAAAGUAUUUCAGGUGCUACAAAAUACCGAUCUCCAUCUCAUUCUCAUGCAUGCCUCCAAGUUUAACCACAUCGGUACAACACAUGAAUAUCUUCAUCAUUUGUGUCAAGACAGUUCCUUCAAAUCUCAACUGUGUCUAGAAUCUGCUGUCUUUAAUAAAUGGCAGGAAACACAUGCCUCUCCAGAAAAGAAAAGAAAAAAGUUGGAUCCCAUCAACGACAGUUGUGUUAUGCAUUCUUCUUUGUUGAAGUCGUCUGUGAUACAAAGUCAGAGUGUUGUUGAAUAUUGUCAGUUUGAUCGACCGGUAAAUAUUGGAACUAAUAGUAUUAUCAGCAACUGUCAGUUACUAGCAACUGAUGAAUUGAAUACAUCAGUGGUGGAAAUUCCAUCUCAUAUAUUCAUACAUACAGUUGCGAUCUGCUCAGAGACAUUUUCCAAAUUUGUUACAAUCUUCUUUCAAAUUGAUGACAACUUGAAAAAAACUGUAGCAACUGCUAAUAUUUUGACAUUACCUUUCAUGAAAUCAAAUUUAGAAAAUGUUGCGCAGGCUCUGGGUGUUGAAACUUUCGAUACGACAUGUAUUAAUGGUCAGUGUUCACUGUGGAACAUUAAACUAUUUCCUGCAGAAAAUACCAUGACCGCAUCAUUUCAAAAAGCCCUUGAAAUGAUAUCUUGUAUUAAAAGUAAGUCAAAAUCAUUGAAUGAUAAAUCUUCUUCGCCUUUGUAUUCCUUCUCUGACUUACUCAAAUACAAAGAUGUUAGUACCAUGAUCAAGUAUCGACAAUCCUUGUUUAAACUCAUUGAAAAUUCCAUGAAAUAAGUGCUUGUUGUGAUGUAAUUUAUUGAUUUUAAAUAUACUCUUCAAAAAAAGUAGGGGAUAUUCAGAAACAAUACAAAACUGCGGAAAUGCACUGCUGUUUUUAUUAGAGGUAACCAUGGUAUGUUAAUAACAGGCCAAUUGCCUACACAUGGGCAUAAACAGUUCAUAUGGGCGGCUCAUCUGACGGCCCCAUUUCACUCACAAAGAGAUACACUGUCAAAAAUGAAAAUGGACGUUUUUGAUUUUUGUCUUAAUAAUGUGUAAUUGCUCCACCAAUCCUCAGACAUUCAGCAAUUUGUUGUGGCAUGCUCCUAAUCAACCGUCCAAUCACGAUUUGGGGCAAUCUGACCCACUCCUUUGCAGUGCCACGGCCAAUUCUUGCAGUGUUGUCGGUUGAUGUUGACGUCGAUGAACACGUCUCCCGAUCAAAUUAAACAUAACACACUAAAGCAAAGAUAUGCUAAACAGUAAAUCUUAUGCAAGAACCGAUAGGAAAACAAACAUGGAUAGAUAAACCAGCACGCAGUAGUUUUCAUCAACCCUUCCUUGAAGUGUCAAAUUUGACAAUGAACCCCUCCCACGUGUAUGGCGCUAUUUGGUUGUCACACCUGCAGCUCAGUGGUUCUGUUGGGGCGAUAAGUUCUUCAUCUGUGAACAUACUCUCAAAGUAUGUCAAGUGUCCAUGACUAUUUAUCAUAUCACAUCCCGCAUAAGUAUUUGCAUUUCAAUAUCCCCUACUUAUUUUUUAAAGAGUUUAUAACAAAAGAUGAAUUAAUUAAGAAAUUAAUUAAAGGUGAAAAUAUCUAGUACAUUUUAUAUAUAGCCUAAAUGUCUCUGAUCAUUAUUUGGGGAAUUUUGAAUCCCUUGCAUACAACUAUGUUGUCUUAGAAUCUCUAUAAGGAAUAUCAGUUAAAAAUCGUUUAAGUCAUUUCAGUGUACAAAGAUGUGAAGAAUUCAAAAAUUUCUCAACAACCAGCAUCCAUUGCAGAUGAUAUAAACGAACCAGAGUCACCUAUAAAAGUGUUGUAUAAAAUCUUUCGAUGGGCUUCUUUUUAAAAUGGAUCGAAUCCAAGCCCAGAGAUUAUCGACCAUUAAUAUUAUUUUCAUUAUUAAAUCCUAAAUGAUCAAUUGAAGUACAUUUUAGCAUGGAUUAGGUUAUGAAAAAUUAGAUAUUGUCCAAAAAUGCACAAUUUGUAUUAGCUACUUUAACAUAGUUAUUUAUAUGAUACAUAUUUAUCCAAGUUUUGUGUGAAUAUUUUGCCUUUUGUUAAUUUCUUAAUUUGAGGUUGUUAGUUGUGGUUUAAAAUAAACUUUGGAUUAACAAAUAACUAUGCAAUAUGGGAAGAGUAAAUGUCGAUAAAUCAAUCCCCCCCACCCCCUCUCAAUUACAUCAAUAAUUUAAAGCUGACAAGUGAUUAAUUGCUUCACAGUUUUAAGGUCUUUAAACAUCAUAAAAAUCUCAGCCCUUGUUAUUUAUUUAUUUUUUUUGAGUGCCUCAGUGAGUCUAGUAUAGUGCGAUUCUGGUUUUGCCUGAGAAAGUCCCUCAGGAUUUUCCAGUCUUGUUCCCCUAAUCAGAGGUGCAGGAAAGAGUCUGGCAGGGAAUAGUGUUUUGUUGCUCAAGUAGGACAAAAACUCAAGGUCCGCCUGUGUACAUCAAAGAACCGUUGACAGCUGGAAUUUGAUGAAUAAUAUGCUGUAAAGCCACUGUUGUGUAUGCCUGUCUUCAUAGUUAAGAUGUUAAAACCCAUUUCAUUUGUUAAAUAAUAAUAAUUGCUCAAGGUUAUUGAUUCAAUAAUAUCUGUUUAUGUUUAGAUAAAUCUAGGAUUAUUUAAUAUGCUUUUAAAGAUGGGUUACCAGAAAGGUAUUUAUCGGGUGGUUAUUUCCAAUAAAAGUAUGGUAAUUUUGGUAUAUAUGAAAAGUAGGGAUUUCCAAUCUUACAAGAAAAAUACUGGAUUCCCCGAAAAACACUCCUGAAGCGUAUACAGGACAAAAAUGUAAGGGUUCCCCUAAUCAACAGCCCGACGAUUAGGAAUUUCUGCACGCGUGAUGUCAAAUGUCACGCGCGAAGUUGAUAAACUUUAUGAAGAGUUAAGCGUACAACACUUUCUGAGAUAAAAAUGAUGGAAAAAGAUGCGGGUAGUGGAUAAUCUGAGAAUUUAAUUAGGAUUCGAUAUUUGUAAUAAAUAGUAAGCGAUUAAAGACAACAUCGUCUUAUGUAUGCAAUGAAUUCUCUUCUGACUUCCAAGAGAGGUAAGUCACGUGACGUAAACAUGACCUGGUUUGGUCAGAUUUUUAUAGCAGGACAUUCCUUCGCAAUUACAAUGUUUGAGAAGGAUUUGAAGCAAAGUUAUGACAAAUUAAUUAGUUAGAUUAUGUUUUUAGUCCACAUAUAUCAUUAAAUCACCCAGUUUGUACGCGGGAACCCAUCUUUAAAUGUACAGCUUUGAAAUAAUUAGAGGUGUGUUGGUAGGAUAUUGGUAUUUUUUAUAGGUUUAUAAUUAUUUUGGUGGUUGGUUUGGUUUACUAAAAAAUUGAACAUGCUUACUAGUAUUAAUAAAAAUUGUAUAUUUUGUUAGUAUUCAUUUUACAUUUUAAGAAUUUAAAUAAAUAAGAUGUCUUUGAUUUA